GCGCGGCUUCGACGUCUCUGUCUUUCCUGCCCAAUGUCCCACAGAGUAGGCUGAGCCACCACGUGUAUGCGUUAGAUAUUUCGUUACUCGUUUCCAAACGUCCAGUUCCUUGUGUUUCGUUGAAGCACACAGCAGCACCAUGGUGAAAUUAGCAAAGGCAGCAAACAAGCAAGCAACUCAGAAGAAAAAAGCCCCCCCACCCCCCAAAGAAGUGGAGGAGGAAUCUAGUGAGGAGGAGAGCAGUGAUGCGGAAGAGACUCCUGCACCUAAAGCUGUGAAGAAGGCCACACCAGCAAAAGCGGCUCCAGCAGUUAAAAAUGGAGCUUCUGCCAAAAAAGCAGAAAGUGAGGAUGAUGAUUCAGAGGAGGAAUCUGAAGAAGAGGCCCCACCACCAAAAAAGACACCUUCAAAGGCUAAACCCACACCAGCCAAGGCAACUCCUGCAAAGGCUGAAGAGUCAGAUGAUGAUGACGAUGACGAGUCCGAAGAAGAGGCCCCACCACCCAAGAAAGCCGGUAAAGCUGCCAAGCCCCCAGUGAAGGCUAAACCUGCAAAGGAGUCAUCUGAAGAAGAUGAAUCAGAAGAAGAGGCCCCAGCCCCCAAGAAGGCUACUCCAGCUAAACCAGCUGCCAAAAAAGCGGCAAAGGCUGCAGAGGAGUCUGACGACGAAGAUGAAGAGGAUGACUCCGAAGAAGAGAUGGACACCACUCCUGCUCCAGCGAAGGCAAAAAAAGCAGGCAUGGUUAAGGCAAAGGAAGAUUCUGAGGAGGAUGAAGACGAUGAUGAUGAUGAUGAGGAAGAUGAUGAUGAGGAAGAUGACUCCCCAGCGACCCCCGCUAAGAGGAAGGCCGAUAGCAAGAAGGACACACCUGCUGCCAAGAAAGCAAAGGCAGAAGGCGAAGGUUUCUGUCUUUUUGUUGGAAACUUGAACACCAACAAAGACUUUGACGAAAUCAAAGAAGCCAUGAGGAAAUUCUUUACCAAGAACAGUCUUGAUGUCGCUGAUGUUCGAUUGGGUGGAUCAAAGAAAUUCGGUUAUGUGGAUUUUGCAUCGGAGGAGGACAUGCAGAAGGCACUAGAGCUCAACGGCAAGAAGUUCAUGGGUCAGGAGCUGAAGUUGGACAGGGCCCGAACCAAAGAAAGCUCACAGGAUGGCAAGAAAGAGAGGGAUGCACGGACACUGUUUGUGAAAAACCUCCCCUUCUCUGCGACAACUGAUGACCUGAAGGAAGUCUUUGAAGAUGCAGUUGACGUCAGGUUACCUCCGGGCCAGAACGGUUCAAACAGGGGCAUUGCCUACAUCGAGUUCAAAUCUGAGGCUGAAGCAGAGAAGAUGUUGGAGGAGGCUCAGGGAGCUGACGUACAGGGGAGAUCCAUCAUGGUUGACUACGUAGGAGAUAAGAGCCAGAAAGGGGCCAAUGUGGCAGCGUCCGGAGCAGCCAGUAAAACACUUGUUGUGAAUAAUCUCUCCUUCACUGCCACGGAGGAAGCCCUGCAAGCCACAUUUGAGAAGGCUGUCUCUAUUAGAAUUCCACAGAGAGACGGCAGACCAAAAGGUUUUGCUUUUGUAGAGUUUGAAAGCACAGAGGAUGCUAAGGACGCUCUUGAAAACCUCAACAACACAGAUAUUGAGGGCCGCUCGAUCCGACUGGAGUACAGCCAGAACAGUGGCAGAGACGGGGGCAGAGGAAACUCGGGUCCAACUAAAACCCUCUUCGUCAAGGGUCUCUCUGAGGACACAACAGAUCAGACCCUCAGGGAUGCGUUCGAGGGUGCCGCAGCAGCCAGGAUAGUCACAGACAGAGAAACGGGGUCGUCAAAGUGCUUUGGCUUUGUGGACUUUCACAAUGAGGAUGACUGCAAGGCAGCCAAAGAAGCCAUGGAGGAAGGAGAGAUUGAUGGCAGCAAAGUGACCCUGGACUACGCAAAGCCCAAGGGUGAAGGCGGCUUCCGUGGAGGGCGAGGUGGUGGUGGAUUUGGCGGCCGUGGUGGCAGAGGAGGUCGUGGCGGCUUCGGCGGCGGCAGCUUUGGUGGAGGCGGCUUCGGCGGCCGUGGUGGUGGCAGAGGAAGGGGAGGCCCACGUGGAGGUGGACGCGGGCGUGGUGGUGGCGGCUUUGGAGGUGGAAGAGGAGCUGGUGGUGGUGGAUUUGGCAAACCCCAGGGAAAGAAAACCAAGUUUGAUGACUAAAUGAAUAGUCUAUUUUACUUUUGAACGGACUCUGGUUUCAUCACUUUUCAGAGCUUUUGGACAUUCCAGAAAGCGUCAUUGAUAUAUAUUUAACUGUUAAUGGGCAUUUUAGCCCUUUAUUUAGACCCCUCAAACCUUCUCCACCCUUCUGUGCCAGAAUGGUACUUUUUGACCUUCUCAGCUCAAGUGCUUUGUGUGAGUACUGAAUGUCCCGAAUGCAAACCUGCACCUCACCCUCAUUGCUUACUUGCUUUUCUGAAGGAGUAAAAUGGAACGGGUCUGGCAAACAAGUUUGCUGUGAAAAUAUGCUUGUCUUUGUCAGAUACAUUGUGUAAAUUUAAACAGUUUGUAUGAUUUUCAUUUUACCUUUUGUAAAAAAAACAAUACACUUGUAUCCAUAUGUUUUUUUGCUUUUAUUUUGUCCUUUAGUUUGCUUUAGGUGCCAAGUUUUACUGUAAUGUGCAAAGCAUAUUUUGAUAGAAGAUUUGAGUCAGUCAUGAGUUGGGUGUUAAGAAAAUGGCAAGUUGUUCUGUCAUGUUUGUUUGGUGGGGCACAGUCAAUGUCUGAGUCAGAGGAUACAACACCUCUUCUAUGUAACAUAAAAUAUUUGUAGUGCAUUGACUAAUUUUUUUUUUCUUCCCCAUCUGAGAAUCUCAAGAUUUUCACGUGAUUAAAUAAAACCUUGUAGGUGGUGAUUUUUAAA